CUUUGCAGCAAUCGGUCUGGAGAUCGUUCUCGACCACAUUCCAUAAUCACUUGCAUUUUACAUUGCGCCCGAGUCGGUCGUUCAAUUGGUGAAGUAGGAAAUUCGAAAUCCAGUUUAGUCCGUCGUUGUUGUGCUCAAGUGUUUUUUCACAAAAAAUUUGUGGAACUAAAAAGCAGAACUAAAGAAAGAGCUUGCAGAAAUAUUCAAAAAUGCCGGUUGAUAUUAAAAAUGUGUUGGUGUGCGAUGCAGUCGACAGUGCCUGUGUGGAUCUUUUGCAACAGAAUGGCAUUAAUGUCUCGUAUAAAUUAAAACUGCCGGUGGAUGAACUCUGCAAAGAAGUCAAAAAAUAUGAUGCUGCCAUCGUAAGAUCAGAUACAAAAAUAACACAGCAAGUUCUUGAUGCCGGAGCAGGAAGUCUUAAGGCUGUUGGACGUGCCGGUGCUGGUGUGGACAAUAUUGAUGUGCCAGCAGCUACUAAAAAUAAAGUUAUUGUAUUAAACACGCCGGGAGGCAAUUCAAUUUCUGCCUGUGAGCUUACAUGCAUUCUUAUUGGCACUUUGGCACGUCCGGUGGCUCCUGCCGCCCAAAGCAUGAAGGAGGGUCGUUGGGAUCGCAAGCUUUACAGUGGAUGUGAACUGUAUGGCAAAACAUUGGCUGUUUUGGGUCUAGGUCGUAUAGGUCGUGAAGUUGGCAUACGCAUGAGGGCCUGGGGCAUGAGAAUCAUUGGCUAUGAUCCCAUCACCACCCAUGAGGAAGCCAAGGCUGUGGGCAUCGAGAAGAUGACCUUGGAAGAGAUUUGGCCUUUGGCAGACUAUAUCACCGUGCACACGCCAUUGAUACCAGCCACACGUAAUCUAAUUUCGGCCGAAUCUCUGGCGAAAUGUAAAAAAGGUGUUAAAGUGGUGAAUGUAGCUCGUGGUGGCAUUGUGGACGAACUGGCCGUCUUGAAUGCCCUCGAAUCUGGGCAUUGUGGUGGUGCUGCCUUUGAUGUUUAUCCCGAGGAGCCUCCCAAAUCCGAGGUAACUAAGAAAUUGAUACAACAUCCCAAGGUAGUGGCUACACCCCAUUUGGGCGCCAGUACCUCAGAAGCACAAGUGCGUGUAGCUGUCGAAGUGGCUGAGCAAUUCAUAGCAUUGACUGGCAAAUCGAAGACAUACACCACCUAUCCGGGUGUUAUCAAUCGAGAUGUGCUGGCCCAUUAUCAGUAGUUGCGAUGAAGUGACGUCACCCAUCAUCAGUCUCAUCCGAUGAGGGCUCGGUCCAGCCAUCAAAAAACAAAUAAGAAAAAAACGUUGCCAUCGGAGUGUGUUGCCAUGACACAAUCAACAAUCCCAGCUACUACAUAUUUAUAAUGCCAUCCCAUAAACGUCCAUUUGUCCAUACCAUUGUUGUUGCGCUGGUGUCAACAACGGCGUGCAUGGAACUUGUAUCAAUUUUAUUCACUUUUUAUUUGUUUUUAAUUAUUUUUCAUUUGUUAUCAGUCCAGGACUUGUUUAUUCACUUUUAUAUAGCAUUCCAUAAAAAAACUGAAUUACCACUAUUUUGUAUAGCAAAGAAAAAACAACAGAAAAUGCAUAACCAUUGCAUUGCAAUAAAAAUGAAUUAUAAAAUUAUUAAAAA